AUGUCGCAGGAGCAUGAAAAACUCCAAGAGCGAAAGGCAGAAGUCGCGGAGCGCGGCGGCUUGGAAGCCCUGGAGAAGGACAUGGCGCCGCUGGGAAGAGCCGCGGACAAGCCCGUCACCAUGGGUGACGUCAUGCCCCAGGCCACCCUGAGGGACGAAGACGUGGGUCGGCCUGUGACUAAGGAAGACGCGGCUAAGCAGCAGAGCGCGGAGGAGAAAAUGAACGUUGAGAUACACUCUGGAGGGCCUGCGGCCACUCUGCAGUCUGCAGCGGAUAGAAACGUGCAGGCAGGGUUCGUGGGAGCGGGGCAGGGCAAGGAGGACUUGAUGGGGACCAAUGUUGGCGGUGGUGGUAGUGCUGCUGCUGCUGCUGCUGCUGCUGCUGCUGCUGCUGCUGCUGCUGCUGCUGCUGCUGCUGCUGCUGCUGCUGCUGCUGCUGUUGCUUCCCUUGUUAGCAGCAACACAGCGAGGGCCAGUUUCAGCACGGACAGUUCUUCCUGGGGGAGAACGGCCCAAAGGAACAACUAUGAUCUUUCUCUCCCCCAAGUCGCCUCCGCCAGACGCGCCUUCCCCAGGUGCAGCGCCUGA